CGCUCGCAGGCAGCAAUAGGAAGACGACAGACGCUGUCUCGAGGCUGGAAUCGUUGAACUGGUGUUGCGCUGUGUAGGAGUUCAGGUGGUUGAAACAGAAAAGGAGAAAAAAAGAGGUGGUUACAAUUUCUGGGAAUAUACAAAAAAAUGGAUGGAAAGUGUACAGGUAUUCAGGAGCUUCCAGAGAUUGAAUAUAAAUGUGGAGAAAUGAUCUCAAAAGUGGCAACUGAUGAGUGAGGCGUUGUGUUUACCCUGGCGUUGCCACCUCACAGCUUGCUGUCUUGUGUGCUGUGCUGCUCUCCGGUUGCUGUUUUGGAUGUGUCCCUUGGUAUGGACUUCAAAACUUUUAAAUUGGUAGUGAACAGAAAGAACCGGAGAAGAGCAACAACAUUCAAAGACUGUGCUAGUAAGCAGCUCACCCGACUGCUAAUAAAGAACCUCAUCAGUCUACAACAACAACAUUUAUUUCUAUAGCACAUUUUCAUACAAAUGAUGGAGCUCAAAGUGCUUUACAGGAUGAAGAAAGAGGGAAAAAAAGACAAAAUGUAUAAAUACUAAUUAACAUAGAAUAAAAAUAAGGCCCGAUAGCCAGGGAGGACAGAGUGAAGAAGACAAGCUACACGUGAUUGAAUGUGAUUGGCUGAUGUAUUUCAUUUAAAGAAGGCUAACAGAACCCUAUCAAGAUGUAGAUCAUGUCUGAUGACCUGAGAGACUACGUGCAGCUGUGACUGUUACGCCUCAGAGCAGACCAUUGUGCUCUCGAACAGAACAAAGGGCAACAACUUUGAAAGCUAAAGGGCCGGCCGCCCUGCCAUCGCUUACCACAAAAUUGUUUCUGUUGCUAAUAGCUGGAAGUGCUGGUUUUUCUCAUUAAAUACCCAUUUACUCAAAAUCUUUUGAGUCCUGUCCUGUCUAAAAGCUGGUGUCAAGGAUACCUCAACAUUGAAUUGCUAGUUGUAAGGAAGGGUCAGAACUUCAUAGUACGGCGAAACUCCUUCCCUCUAUUCAUACCAUGGAGAGCAAAGGAAAUGUGGACAUUAAAAAAGAAGACUGUGCAUGGGAAUCCCUGCAACCCCAGAUGAAUAUUUGUGACAUUGAGGGAGAGGAGGAUUCUAAAUGGAGGUCAGUAACCAUGAAAGAAGAGCCUGAGCCAACAUCUCAUGCUGUCACCUUGCACAAAAAUGAAACUGUAAACCAUGUCAAGGCUGAAGACUUUAAACUGGAGUCAGACUCUCAGCAUCUGCGUCCAGGUGAACAAAUGACUGGAACGGGCUUUGUGAAAUGUAAUCCUCACUCUCUCCAGAAUAAUUCUACCCAGGUGAAAACAGAAUAUUUGGAUUCUGAUGUGAAGCUGAAUGAGAAAGCAUCAUGUCCAAGGUUUUCAGGAGAAGAUUUACAAGAGAGUGGCACCUUCUCCUCAUCUUCAUUUUCUCAUACCCCACUUCACUGUAGAUCGCUGCAAAUUGGAAAUUGGAAAAAACUGACAUCUGGAUCUUUCCCGUGUAGUUUUCUGCCUGUUGUGAAACUUAAAAGGAUAGACACGAUUAACACUCAGCACAUGUAUGAUACAAAUGUGGCAGCAUUUUAUGUCUGCCAAGGGCAGAAGAAAGCUUCUAAACAAAAAGCUGAAUCCAAACUUAAAUUGAGCCCUACAAUUAAAAAAACAUACUGCUGUUCUGAAUGUGGAAAGCAGUUCACUAAGAAGAGCAGGCUUCAGAGGCACAUAAGAGUUCAUACUGGGGAGAAACCAUUUUGUUGUUCUGAAUGUGGCAAGCAAUUCUCACAAAAAAGCUAUCUUCAGACCCACAAAAGAAUUCACACUGGAGAGAAGCCAUUUUCUUGUUCUGAAUGUGGCAAACGAUUCUCUGAGAAAAACACUCUUCAGACACACACACGAAUUCACACUGGAGAGAAACCAUAUUGUUGCUCUAAUUGUGGAAAGCAAUUUUCUACCAGUAGCUGUCUUCAGAGACACACAAAAAUUCACACUGGGGAGAAGCCAUAUUGCUGUUCCAAUUGUGGCAAAGGAUUCUCUGACAAACGCAAUCUUCAAAUUCACAUAAGAAUUCACACUGGAGAGAAGCCAUACUCCUGUUCUCUUUGUGAAAAGCAGUUUUCUACCAAUGGCCUUCUGCAGAAGCACACAAGAAUACAUACUGGAGAAAAGCCAUAUUCUUGCUCUGACUGUGGGAAACAAUUUUCCUCCAGUAGCAGUCUUCAGACUCACAAAAGAAUUUACACUGGGGAGAAGCCAUAUUUCUGUUCUGAAUGUGGCAAAGGAUUCUCUGACAAAAGCAACCUUCAGAUCCACACAAGAAUGCACACUGGAGAAAAACCAUACUGUUGUUCUGAUUGUGGGAAACGUUUUUCCUCCAGUAGCUGUCUUCAGAGACACAUAAGAAUUCAUACUGGAGAGAAGCCAUAUCGCUGUUCUGAAUGUGGAAAAGGAUUCACUGACAAACGCAAUCUUCAGUUUCAUACAGGAAUUCACACUGGAGAGAAGCCAUAUUCCUGUACUGAAUGUGGCAAGCAGUUUUCUGCUAGUAGCAGUCUUCAGACCCACGCAAGGAUUCACACUGGAGAGAAACCAUAUUGCUGUUCUGAAUGUGGCAAAGGAUUCCUUAACAAACGCAAUCUUCAGAACCACACGAUAAUCCACACUGGAGAGAAGCCAUAUUGUUGUUCUGACUGUAACAAAAGAUUCUCAACAAGUAGCCAUCUUCAGAUACAUGCAAGAAUUCAUACUGGGGAGAAACCAUAUUCCUGUUCUGAAUGUGGCAAGCGGUUCUCACAACAAGGUCAUCUUCAGACUCACACAAGAAUUCACACUGGAGAGAAACCGUAUUGCUGUUCUGAAUGUAAUAAACAGUUUCUCACCUAUGUCAAACUUCAGAUUCAUACAAGAGUUCACACUGGAGAGAAACCAUAUUGCUGUUCAGAUUGUGGUAAACAGUUCUCGCAAAUAGGCCAUCUUCAAAUCCAUGCAAGAAUUCAUACUGGAGAAAAAGUAUUUUGCUGUUCUGAAUGUAGCAAGGGAUUCUCUGAUAAAUGCAGUCUUCAGACCCAUACAAGAAUUCACACUGGAGAAAAAACAUAUUCUGACUUUGACUGUGGCAAGCAAUUAUCAGAAAUGGGUCAUCUUCAGACUCAUACAAGAAUUCAUACUGAAAAACAUGAAAGUUCAAGGAAACUACCAGGCUCAUCUUAUUGCUGUUCUGAAUGUGGAAAACAAUUCUCUAGCAAUAACAGCCUUCAGUCCCACAUAAGAAUUCACACUGGAGAGAAGCCAUAUUGCUGUUCUGAAUGUGGCAAACGGUACCCCAGCAGUACUAGUCUUCGGAGACAUAAAAUAAUUCACACUGGAGUGAAGCCUUUUUGUUGUCCUAAAUGUGGCAAGAGAUUCUUCUGCAGUACUAGUCUUCAGAGACACACAAGAACUCACACAGGAGAGAAGCCAUAUUCCUGUUCUGAAUGCGGAAAACAGUUCUCGCAAAUAGGCCAUCUUCAGAUUCACACAAGAAUUCACAGUAGAGAGAAGUCAUUUUGUUGUUCUGACUGUGGCAAGCAAUUCUUAACCAGCAGCUAUCUUCAGAUCCACACAAGGACUCACAGUGAAGGAAAGCAAUAUUGCUGUUCUGACUGUGGCAAACAAUUCUCACAAAGAAGCUAUCUUUGGGCCCACACAAGAAUACAUACUGGAAAGAAGCCAUAUUGCUGUUCUGAAUGUGGGAAAUAAUUCUCUGACAAACGCAGUCUUCAAUCCCACACAAGAAUUCACACUGGAGAGAAACCGUAUUGUUGUUUUGAAUGUGGGAAACGAUUUUCUAACAAUAGCAAUCUUCAAGCCCACACGAGAAUUCACAGUGGAGAGAAGCCAUAUUGCUGUCAUGAGUGUGGGAAACAAUUCACAACUAGUAGCCAACUUCAGAUCCACACAAGAGUUCACACAGGAGAGAAGCCAUAUUGCUGUUCUGAUUGUGGCAAACGAUUCUCGCAUAUAAGCAAUCUUCAUUCUCACACAAGAAUUCACACUGGAGAGAAGCCAUAUUUCUGUUCUGAAUGUGGUAAACUAUUCUCCACCAGUAGCACUUGUCAGAACCACAGAAGAAUUCACACUGCACAAAGCAGUUGUGUCGAGUCCAGUAUGUCCUAUAUCUCAAAUCUCUUAUCAGCUUCAACUAUCACACGAGGAGGCAAAGGAGAAGGUGCCAAGGAAAGGCCAUCUGUCAAAGAAGACUGCAAAAUUAAUGUGGAAGCACCAACCCACUCAGCACCACACAACAACGAAGGGAAGCAUCUCGUGCUACACAGGAGUCUCCUUUUCAUGUAUACCAUGGAGAACCAAAGAAAUGUGGAUAUUAAGGAAGAAGACUGUGCAUGGGAAUCUAUGAAAUGUCAGGCCAAAAUCGGAGGCAUUCAGGAAGGGAAGGAUUGUGAACAGGAAUCAGUAGUCAUUAAAGAAGAGUCUAAGUCUACAUGUGAUACCACAGACUGGCCAAAAAUUGAAAUUGUAAACCAUAUCAAGGUAGAAGACCUUAAGUCAGAGUGUGACCCUCAGUAUGCUUGUCAAGAUGAAGAGUUACCUCAAACAGGCUUCACAAAAAGCAGAGCUCACUCCCUCCAGGUGAAGACAGAAUCUUUAGAUUAUACCAUGAAGAGGAUGGAGAAAACGUCAUGUUCAAGGUAUUCUAGAGGAGAUUUACAAGAAAGAGACACCUUCUUCUCAUCUUCAUUUCCACAGAUGUCUCUUCACUGUAAGCCACGGCAAAAUGAAAACUUGACAGCUGGAUCUGAUAUUUUGGUACCAGCCUUAUUGCCUUAUAAUUCUCUAUCAGUUGUGAAAUUAACAAGGGAAGAUGCUGUCAACACUCCACAAUGGACACAUGAUACAAAUUCAGAAGCUUUGUAUGUCUGUCAUGAACAGAAAAAUACUUCUAAACAAAAAUCUAAAUCCAAACAUAAGUGGAGUCAUACGGGACAGAAACCAUACUGCUGUUCUGAAUGUGGAAAACAAUUCUCUAGCAAUAGCAAGCUUCAGACCCACAAAAGAAUUCACACUGGAGAGAAGCCAUAUUGCUGCUCUGUGUGUGGCAAACGAUUUUCCAAGAGUGGCAAUCUUCAAACCCACACAAGAAUUCAUACUGGAGAGAAACCAUAUUGCUGUUCCGAGUGUGGCAGACGAUUUUCAGAAAAGAGUAGGCUUCAGGAUCACAUAAGAAUUCAUACUGGAGAAAAUCCUUAUUGCUGCUCUGACUGUGGAAAACGAUACCCUAGCAGUACCAGCCUUCAGAGACACAAAAGAAUUCACACUGGAGAGCGGCCAUAUUGCUGCUCUGAAUGUGGCAAACGAUACUUCCGCAGUACCAGUCUUCAGGAACACAAAAGAAUUCACACUGGAGAGAAGCCAUACUGCUGUUCUGACUGUGGCAAGCGAUUCUCCAGCAAUACUAGUCUUCAGAGACACAAAAGAAUUCAUACUGGAGAGAAGCCAUUUGGCUGUCCUGACUGUGGCAAACUGUUUGCAACCAGCAGCAGUCUUUUGAUCCACACAAGAACUCACAGUGAAGAAAAGCCAUAUUGCUGUUCUGAUUGUGGAAAACAAUUCUCACAAAGGAGCUAUCUUUGGGCCCACACAAGAAGAAUUCACACUGGCGAGAAGCCAUAUUGCUGUUCUGAUUGUGGGAAACAUUUCUCUGAUAAAGGUAAACUACUGUCCCACACAAGAACUCAUACUGGAGAAAAGCCAUAUUGCUGUUCAGAAUGUGGGAAGCAGUUCUCUAAUAAUAGCAAUUUUCAGGCUCACACCAGGAUUCACAGUGGAGAGAAGCCAUAUUGCUGCUAUGAAUGUGGGAAACAGUUCACAACUAGCAGCCACCUUCAGAUCCACACAAGAAUUCAUACUGGAGAGAAGCCAUAUUGCUGUGCAGACUGUGGCAAACAAUUCUCACAAAUAAGCAAUCUUCAUUCCCAUGCAAGAAUUCACAGUGGAGAAAAGCCAUACUGCUGUUCUGAUUGUGGGAAACAAUUCACUAUCAGUAGCCAUCUUCAGAAGCAUAAAAGAAUUCACACUGGAGAGAAGCCAUAUUGCUGUUCUCAGUGUGGGAAACAAUUCACCACCACUACCAGUUUUCAGAACCACAGAAGAAUUCACAGUGGAGAAAAUUAAAAUCUUCAUGAAGACGACAAAUGUCUUUGAAAAAGAAAUAUGACCACCAACUAGAAAUGGUAGUGGGCUCAAAAUGAAACCUUUUCUCCAAUAAGAAUAUACUGACAUUAAAUGGAAUAUCUCAGUAGUUAAGAAGGCAAGGGAUGGAAAGAAACCCUGUAAGUGAAAAUCAUAGUGGAGCUAGAAACAGUUCUUUUUUUAUUGUCCAGACAUCAUGAGAGAUUGCCCCGUGUACUGUAUAAAUAGAAAAUGGUACAAGAGUGAUAUCCAAAAUAGAUUUAUAUUUAAAAAAAAAACCUUGCAUGCAAAAGCAAUGCCAUUGGUAUCAGACCUCACUGAAACCAAGAA